CACCCGCGCAAACCCCAACGCGCGGAUCCGGGCUGCGAGGAGAAUCCGUAACUGGAGGAGAUCCGUGCGCAACAGCGCUGCUCCCUGCUGCUGUGCCACGCCCUGCCCCGCAGAGGGUGAGGGCUGCCCUGCAGAAUGGGUGUGCAACGGAGAGGGGGAGGGAGGACGGCGCCGCCAGACUCUCCAGCCCCAAGUCCCUGAGGGCAGGAAUGGAGGCAAGAGCUCUUGGGCACUAGGCUUUUCCACGCUGGCUCCGUUCCCUGCAGCUGGAGCACUAGCAGUGGGAAAAGAUAGGGAAGACUGUGCCACAUCCAUCGACAGAUAAUGGUGUUUGUUCCAGAGAGAUAUUUCUACCCCCAGUGAUCUGCAGGACGUGAAGUGCCUCCCCCCUGCCCACCAGGACCAGAAUGAAGGGGCUACUUCUAGCAGUUUGGUUCUUCAUUGUGCCAGCCAGCUGGGCAGCACCAAAGAACAGCAGUGGCAGGCCUGAGAUCCCCCCCAAUUCCAUGGAUCAACCCAUCCUGAAUCCUCUGCACCCAGGCCAAGAUUCUCUAAAGGUGCUCCAAGACUACCUGGAGAACAUCGGGCAUGUGGACAGGGAUGCUGCUGCCAUGACAAGGGAACAGGCACUCUUGCUUCUCUUUGCUCUUCAUGACUACGACAAAAGCGGGCGCUUGGAUGGUCUGGAAUUCAUGAGGCUGCUGAGUGAGCUGGUGUCCCAACAGGCGAAAGGGCAGCCUGCACCAGACUUGGUAGUGCCAAUGGUGGACAGUAUCUUGGAGACUCAGGACUUCAACUGGGAUGGACUAUUGGAGCCCUCAGAGUUAUUUCUUCCUCCCCGGCAGGGAGAGAACCCAGGCUUCCUUAUUGCCCCCAGUGAAGAAGAUGGCACAGUCCUGUGGGCACUUCCUAAGCCAAAUGAACAAGCCAUUGGCUUCCCAGGUCCUUCUGACCAACAAAACACUGGAGGCUCCCUAGCUGCAGCAGUUCAGGAGCAAGAAGUGAUGGAGGACUUCUUGUUGAGCCCGCAAAAGCACAGGGGAGGGCUUGACCAGGAAACAGCAGGAGACCCAGAUCAACAAGGGGAAGAGAUUCCUUCUGCUCCAGGAGACUGAAAUACACCCUGUACAUACCCUAGGUGAUUGGCCAAGAAAUGAGAACUGGAGGCCUCCAGGUCAAUUUCAGAAAUGGAAUGCAGAUAAUCACCCCUUUCCCAGCAUUUUCCUUCUGUGCAAUCUAUUCUGGCUUUCCAAGUCUUCUCUUUAUCAAAGCAACACAGAAUAGGACUCCUGUUCAGUCAGCUCUGCACCCUGUUGUCGAUAGAGAUCCCUUUUCCAGCCUUCAAGGGAUACAUUCCCCAAGUCUAUCCCAUUCAAAACUUGAGAAACAAAAGCCACUAAAAAGAUCUCAUACCACAAGGGCUCCACUUUUCCUCAGUGCACCAUCUAAACAUGGAAAUCUCUUCCCACCAUCCCCAGCACAGAGGACCACUGCCUUUCCAGGAGGUGAUGCUACCUGGGUAGAAAUCUCUCCCUAAGCUGGAAGACCUGUCCCAAGAGGUUGUCCUCCUGAAUAAUCUCUCUCUUUACAGAGCAGGCUCCAGCCACCUUGAGGUAAUAGAGAGCAGAGAGACAA